CCCGGCCGCUCUUGGGAGUCUCUUCUUCUUCCUCCACUCCGCGCCCCCUCCCCGCCGUCUCUUCCCCCAAAAGACCAAAACCCUAGCCCCUCUCCAAACCCUAGCUGCCGCCGCUGCCGCGCAUGGGGGGCUCGCGGCGCAAGUUGAAGCGCUCCCGCGCCAAGGUCCAGGUGGGGCUCCCGCGCAAGAAGCCGAGAGAGUUCAAGCCGGCCUUCGAACUCCCCGAGGCGCUCGCCGCCGCCGCCGCCGCCGAAGGCGGCGCGGGCUGGGACGCCGAGGGCAGCGUGGUGAAGAACUACGCCGCGUUCGGGGUGGUGGCCAACCCCAACCUCCUCGGCGCGCACGCCCGUGGCACCCCGCGGCUCGUCCAGAGCGCGCCGCUGCAGGCGCCCGACAUCGCCGCCGCGCGCGCGCCCAUCCCGGAGUUCGAGCCCAUCGACACCGGCAGCGACCUCGAGAACGAUGAUCUGAAAUCUGCACUUGGGAAGAAAAGGAAGGAUGGCAAAUCUGCACCAUUGCAACCACUGACUAAAAUUCAACGUGUUUGCAUCGGCAGAUUAAUAGAGAAGUAUGGUGAUGACUUCAAGGCCAUGUUCAUGGAUACCAAGCUGAACGCAAUGCAGCACUCAGUGGGUACUCUGAAGAAGCUCUGCGAAAGGUACCACGCUGAUGGCAAGACUUUUGUGUAUCCACUGUAGUAUCUCACGCAAACAUCUAUCGUUGAGAUUCACAGUUUACUGUGUUCAGCAAACAUCUAUCGAUGGUGGUACUUGCGGAUGACUUGAGUGUAACAGUGAGCUUGUUUCUCUUGUCAUGUGUUGUUGGCAAUGCCAUGUGGUAACUUGUGAUCUUAACUGUCAUGUACUUCGGCUUGAUGUAAUCCACAUCGUCAGUGACACCCUCCCCCGUGAAGGCCCUUCAUUCACUGAAGGCCUUGCCCUCCAAACGUGUAUGUAUUCACGGCUUAUGAA